AUGUAUUUUUAUUCAUGGUCAACUGAUAAAAUUAUUCGUAUUAUUAUAUUAUUAAUAAUAAUGUUUAUAACUUUAAUUGGUAAUAGUUAUAUUAUAUAUGAAUUAUUUUAUCAUCAUCGACAUCGAACACGUUUACAUUUAUUUAUACUUAAUUUAGCUAUUGGUGAUUUAACAAUAUGUUUAUGUACAAUGACAUCAGAAUUAUUUCUUUUAAUAUUUGAUCAACAAUGGAUUUUAGGAAAUUUUGCUUGUAAAUUAACACUUUAUAUUCAAGUUGUUACACUUGCUUCAACAACAUUUAUUAAUGUUGCAAUGACAUAUGAUCGGUAAGAAAAAUGAGUUAAUAAAAUUAAGUUGUACAAAACAAAAUGAUAGAAUGAUGUUCAUAGAUGAUAGAAUUAUAUUAUUGACCUAUUACUAAUUCUUGACAAAUUGAAAAUUGAAUUGAGGUGUUUAUGAUAUUACUUGUCAAAUUGAAGCACGAAUGAGAAAACUCUUCUUUGAAUUUACAACAAAGCUGCUUAUUAAAUUAUUACGCUAGAUUGUCUAUUAUAUGCUUUCACAAGCGCAAAUUUCAUUUUGAAUGUUUUAUUUGUUCUUCUAUAAUAAUAGUUGAAAAGAUUUUAAUGGAUAUAAUUGAUGUUAUCAUUCAAUAAUAAGGCGUGAAUAAUAAAUUUUUGAAAUUUCACAAAAUGUAAAAAUGAAUAAAAAUUACUCAGUUAAGAAAAAUUUAAAUUUUUCAAACUAUAAAAUAUGUUUGUGUUGAACUUCCUAAUAAGACUCGUUAGUGUUCAAAUUUGAAAAUCUAUCUAGUUUUUGUAUGAAGGUUACGAUGCCAAAUGUUUUAUUGUAUUAGAAUUUCUCAGAGAAAGGCUUUAAUAGUGAGAAAAUGAAGAUUUUCGACCUAAGAGGGUGAAAUUCUAUAAAAAUUGAGCCAUUUGGAUCAUCUAACUGCCCAGAAAAGAACAAAGUGGAUGUUAUGUUCGAACUCACGACGGAACACAGAACUGAUCAAUCGCUUUUGAGUCGGGGCUAUGUGCAUUAUGUAGGUCCUAGUGAGCUAUGAACGCCCUAAAAAGAGUUCGAGCCAAUAGCUAAUUACUACCAAGAUAUUGCAUUUUUAGAGCAUUGUUCGCUCAAUUCCGUGGUCUCCCUCAGAAACACCAGGAAAACAGAGUUUCAAAUUUCGACUUGAAACUUUGCACAGAGAUAGACCUUAGUGAGAAUAGUUUAUUGUGAAAGUUUCAGAUCUUUUCGUUAUUCCUAUCCUAAGACACGGCUAUGAUAAGAGCAUGUUGCUCGCAUCCCUGAUACACCAGCGGAUUCCUGUGUUCUUAUUUCAGAAUAGACGUAAUGGAAAAGAUCUGAAACUUUCACAAUAAACUAUUCUCACUAAGAUCUGUCUCUGUGCAAAAUUUCAAGUCUAAUUUUGAAACUCUGUUGUCCUGGUUGUUGUUUCUGAGGGAGACCACGAGAUUGAGAGAAAAAAUACUCUAAAAAUGCAAUAUCUUAGCAAUAAUUAGCUAUGAGCCUGAACUCUUUUCAGAGUAUUCAUAGCUCAUAAAGACCUAUAUGAUGCCUAUAACCCCGAUUUAAAAGCAAUUGAUCAGUUCUAUGUGUUCCCUCGUCAGCUUAAAGAAACUGUAGUCCACUCUGGAUGAAUUUCAAACAAGAAGAGUCUUUUGUUGGAGACUGAACGCAGUUUUUUUUAAACUGAUUUCAAACACAGUGUACACUUUGCUCUUUUCUGAUAGUCUAUUGGUCGAAACGGCUAGUGUCAUCCUUUAGGUUGGAAAUUUUCAUUUUCUGAUUAAUAAUUCAAAAUUUUUAAAAAACUAAAUGGAUAUUAUUAAAGUUGAGCGUUGAGAGUUUCAAUCGAUGAAUGGCACUGAGCUUCAUAAGAGAAGCUAGAUAGGACAAUCUUUGAAUUCAAAGCCAAGGAGAUUUUUGAUAGAAAAUAAGAGAGAAAAAUAUAGUUCAACGAAAAUUUCAGCAAUAAAUACAUUUACAAUCCUUAAGUAUUUUGAAAUUUUCUCUCUUAAAGGACAAUAGAAAAAGUUGAAACUCAUAGAUUUAUGAUUGGCGUAUCACACUCUGAUAGCUAAUAGAUUUUUCUAUGUAGUUCAUUCUAAACCAAUUACAUUUAUUUUCAAGACCAAUAAACUAUUUUUUUAAAAAUGCCAAAAUUCUGAAGAAGAUGAGAGUUUACUACAUUUUUCUUUCUUUAAACAAUUAAAACUAUACUACAAACAAAACGAAAUUUUUUCAAAAAAAUCAUCUUUUUCUUGUCUCGAUUUUCAUGAUAUUGUAAACUACAAUGCUUAGGUUUUUUUUUAAGAAACUCUGUCAUCAUAGUUUAUCUAUGAAAUUUUAUUUAUAAAAUGUAUUAAAUAGAAAAUUCUAUCGUCUAUUAAAAUAAAAAAUAUAUUAUUAUGAAAUUUUUUUCUACUAUCUUACAAUUAUUAUAGAACAUGAAAGUUUUGUAUAAACGUUAAACAUAACUAUAUAGUUUAUUUAUUUAUUUUUUUUAUUAAGAACUAAUAAUAGUUAUUUAAAUUUUUUUUUUUAUUUAAUUAAGAUAUGAAGCAAUUUGUUGUCCAUUUCGAUU